AUGCGUUUCUCUGCCGUUCUCUCGUUUACCCUCGGCCUUGGUGCUGUUGUUGCUGCCCAUGGAGAUGAUGACUCUGAUGCUUGUCUUCCGGACUGGGAAGUGUGCUCAAAGGUGCAGCCCGUGGUCGAUGUUCUGCUUGGAAUCUCCGAUGUGAAGCACAUCUGUCAGCAGUUGGAUCCUGAUGCGGUUGGCCCGGUCACUGUCACCAUCACCGACAGCCCACAAGCGUCAACUACGACUACAGUGUUCCAGACAGUGACAAAUCCUGUGGAGGUUACUUCAUUGGUCACCAAAACCAUCACCCAGUCAUCCCAAGCAAUCGUCACCCGCCGGUUCUCCUCCAGUGCUGUCCAGUCUGUCCGGGUUACUGUGCCUGCUACAGCCCUUCAGACCAUUCCCAUCACUUCGACUCAACUCAUCACCCAAACUGUUACUGCUACUCUUACAAACACCGCGACAAUCACUACCACCAAGACUGCAACGGACCUAGAAACAGCCACCGUCACCGUCACGGCUAGUGCUGUUACAAAAGUCAUGCCCCAGAGAAAAGCCGCUCGUGAUGCUUCUGGUCUGUUGGCAUCGUAUCCUGCCGAUGAAUUGCGUGACGCAUGUUGGUGCCUCGAAACGGCCACAGUUUCCGAGACGGUCACUCUUCCCACUGUUACCAAGACGAGUACAGUUACGCUUGCAACAGCCGUAGCUGUGACCUCCACCAUCACGGAAACCGCCGAUGCAACAGCACAGGUAACUGGAACAGCAACCGUGGAUGUCACCUCUGUCGUUACGGAAGUGUCAGUCAUAACCACCACCGCCACCACAACCGUCCAGGUCACAGCCGUCGUCACUCUUGACCAAGAGGUUGAUGUCACUGCCACCGCAACCGCGACAGUCACCGCCGAAGAAACUGCAUCCGUAACAACCACUGAAGUUGCUACUGUCACUGCCACCGUCACGCCAACCGCAACCUGCGGCGUCAACCUCAUUCAAAACCCCAACUUCGACUCUCUGACCCUCCCUCCUUGGACUGUAACCAAAACAGGAGCUGCAUCGCAAUUGUACAACAGCAACUGCGGCAUCAGCCCAUACUGUUUGCUCGACUACAGUACCGGCGCGGGCUCGGUUACCCUAGCACAGACGGUAGAUACCGUGGCGGGAGUGACAUACGCCGUGUCGUUCAAGUACCAUGUGUGGUCUGCACCCAUAACAGGGACAUCACUAACAUGCAGCGUUAAUAACAGUGCAGGAACGAGCUGGUCGCCAUCACUGAGCGUAUCGACGAGUACUUGGGCCUCGUUUAGCGGCAGCUUUGUUGCGUCGGGCUCCCAGACCAUAUUUACAUGUGUUGGCGCAGCGACUUCUAGCCUAUGGUUGAACCUGGGCACGUUUAACAUGCAGUGUUAG